AGGCGGCUCGUCCAUACCUGCCCUGUUUCAAGAUGGUGGACAGAUUUAUGUUCAUGCCUGCUGUUCUACUUAAUGAAGUGAGAAAGCCCUUAGUAAAGAUGGCCAUCACCGCUAUCUACCUGGUCGAUAUGUCCCUUAACUUCCGUCUCCCCAGAGGUCAAUGCGCUAAGGAAACAAAUACGAUGGAAUGAUGGGCAGUAAUAUCGCGAGAAGUGCGCUGGUGACGUUCCGUGUUUCAGAGUACCAGAACAGCCGAAUCUAUGAUGUUUGCAACUCUGAGUUUGGCGAUUUUCGCUAAGUGAAGAACUUCCGGGAAUCGCGGUGCAUUGUGGUCGAAGAGACGUUGAGAAUUUGUGCUUCGCGCCUGAAUAAGAUAGCGUGAAUUGCUAUGUCUCACACAAUUUUGCUUGUUCAGCCUACCAAACGGCCUGAGGGCAGAACUUACGCUGAUUAUGAAUCCGUGAAUGAAUGCAUGGAAGGAGUCUGUAAAAUGUAUGAAGAGCACCUGAAGAGAAUGAACCCCAACAGCCCUUCAAUCACAUAUGAUAUUAGCCAGUUAUUUGAUUUCAUUGAUGAUUUGGCUGAUCUUAGCUGCCUUGUUUAUCGUGCUGAUACUCAGACAUACCAGCCCUACAAUAAAGACUGGAUAAAGGAGAAGAUCUAUGUCCUCCUCCGCAGACAAGCUCAGCAAGCAAGCAAAUAAUGAUACCACAUUGAGGGUUAGACAACAGGUGUGCACAGUGUGCUGUAGUGAAAGUUUUGUAUUAUAGUUCAUUCCUGUUUGCCUGUAUCUAGGACUGAGUCUGCUAGAAUUGAAAUUGUUCAGUUUGAAUUUUUAAAGGAAGAAAGGAAUCAUUUUUGGCAGGCAUUUAGUUUUUUUCUCUUUGCUUAAGUAAGUUUUAUUUUGUUCAGACCUACAGGAUUGUUCACAUCUGCUUCAUCGCACUUGCUUUUCAAUGUUAUCAUUUGGAGGCAGUAAGUUGUAGUGGAAAAUAAAAUAAAUGAUCUUUAGUUAAA